AUGUCCAGCGUUUGGCAGGGUACUUCACACUGUUAACGGUUCAGUCGCGCUCUUCAAACGUCAUUAAAACUCUUGCAAAUCCAGUCAUCCUCAGUUCUUACCAUAAGCCGUAAGUGAGUUUUCAUUGUAUCUGGCCUGCAAUUAGGGUUUCGUCACCUUUUUAUGGCCAAGUGUAACUUCUUGAGAAUAUUAUCACAUGGCUGUCACACACAUGGCCCGAGUGGAGAACACUUCAUGAUCAACAACUAGCCUAGUCUGAUAGGCUUCUCCAAAAUAUCUGGAAGUUGUUGCCACAACUAUCAGCCAACCGCAUCAAUUUUAAUGGAAUGGGGAUGACGAAGUGAUGCCAAAAUGCCAGCCGAAGAUUCAGAAAUGCAGCGACGACACAGCAGUGUCUCGGAGGCCAACACCAACGGGCUUUCCGAGUUCGGCGCCCUCAAACGACAGACAUCACACGAAAAUGUAGAGUUGAUACCUACAAGAACAACAAAAGUAGCCACUUCAAAGCCAGCAGCCAAUCCCCUGCAGUUCAUCAAAGUUGGACCAUGCAACUUGUAUCGAUCUGCGCAGGAGCAGUUGAAGAAAGUCGAAGAAGUCAAAAAAGUGAAAAAAGAAGUCAGAGAUGAUGCUGAGGAUUGGCAGUCGAACUUGGACAAUUGGAAAUGCAGUCGGAGAAAGAAACAGGAGCACAUCAUUGAAAGGGUGGUUGAGGUGAAGAAAUUAGAAUUGGAGGAACAUGAUCGAAAUCGACGACGCUCAAAAACGUUCAGCGAAAUGAUGGAAGAAAGAGGAUCAAGAGGACGGAAAAUGAGUUUACCAGUUUACCAAGACGACGACAAUGACCUGAGUGACCUUGGAAUCAGCAAAUGCGCCUCGGCGAGGGACAACGAUGUAUUCGACGAGGAACAUGAACACAAUGGUGAUAGCAGCGAUAACCACGACGAAACCAACUGCUCAAGAGUAAAACAAAAUGGAACAAAUGGACACAAAGACGAAGAGCUUUCAAGAACAUCUUCGGAAACAGAGGAGUACACGUACGAGGGCGCCAUCCAGAGCUACCGCAACUUCACAGAAACUAGAGUCAAGUCGAAGAGUUGCAGUAACUCGUCACGAUCCUCGCCGGAAGAGAAUGGAGCUCAAAGUUACAAACGGUCGCCUCCUGUACCCGCUAAGCCACGGCGUGGAUCGACCACUAAAAUAGAAGCCAAACUCAGCGAAUUGGAACAGCUCAAGAAAAGGUCCAUGUCCACCACAGAUCUAUCAUCGGGAGAGUCGAAUAGGAAACCAGUUGUUGUGCCAAAAGUUGACAUUAAUAAACGUAGGGAAUUAUUCGAGAAAUCAUCCGACCAAGAUGACCAAGUUGGCAAAGUUAGUAGGCUUUCUGGCGAUUUCACAAACUCGAAAUCUAUCAGAGAGCGGCUGUCAUCAUUUAGUAAACAGUCCGAAGAAUCUCAAGGUAAGAAGAAACUUGACCGAGUAUCCAGUGAAGUGUCGGUCAGAGAUAGGUUGUCCAGUAUAGAGCGACAACAAUCAACAGAAAAUCUUAGCAGUGUGAAACAGCAGGUCACUGAAACUACUCAAAACUCCCAGUCGGUGAGAGAGAGGUUGAACUCUUUGGAGAAGUCCUCCAACAAGGAGCCAGUGAAAUCAGUUACAACUUCACCUAUUAGGUCGGUGAAGGAAGAGGUAGAAGAAGAGGAGAAACCUGUAGUGAAAUGUGAAGAGCCGUGUAGGGUUGCUGAGAAAAUAGUUGAAGUAACAACUACAAAUGGUUGUUUUGUGAAUGAGAAACAGGUUGAGAACGUGAGUUCGGAUAUCGAACGAAUUUCUAGUCCCGAAGAAGAGAUGUAUGGCAGCAAACGUCAGCAACACUUCAGACAUCGGUCGUUGGAUAGUCUGGAUGUAGAUUCUAACGAAGGUUUAGGGAACGAAUGCUUUGAAAGGGUUCAAAGUUUGGAGGAUUUAGACUUUUGCAGGAACUACCCGGCGUCUUCGAUGAGUGGAGACACAGAUAGGGAAGACAGCGGCAUUCACACGGCUGAUGUGUCGAGCUCUGUUAGUCAGGCGGAUGACUGUGACUCGCAUCUUGACAGUUCUUCUGUUGACACAGAGUUCAAAUUCCAGCGUCAAACGAUCAUUGAGGAAGACCUAAGGCAGCCGAUUCUGGAGAUUCCUCCCACUCAGCUGACAAGUGACACCAGCUGCCAGCUGCCGACUUCUGUAAGUUGUGAGGAUGGGUCUCAGGUGAUGGUGGUCUCUUCAAGCUCUACUCUGUCCUCUCUUAAACUCUCCCUACGUCCUGAUCACAGUGAUCCUCUACCUGUCAUCCCUGAAUCCCCUUCUGAACUUCUCUCACCUUCUGAGAUUGUUAUCUCUCUUGUUACCUCAGAAGAGGUCGAACAGGAAAUCAACUUAGAGAACAACAAUACAAUUGAACAAACCAAUGUACAGAUCUCCACAGAAGUUACCAAUCUAAGUGAAAAUAACACAAAAAUUGUUCCUGAUCCUAAAUCUAACCUUGAAACUAAAAUAACAGUUACUUCUGAACAGGUUGUGAAGGAAAUCAUCACAGAUAACAACACUACAAUUGAACCCAAUGUACAAAUCUCCACAAAAGUUACCAUCCCAAAUGAGCAUAACACUGAGAACCUUGUAUCAAAUCCUAAACCUAAUCUAGAAACUGAUAUAGUCACUUCAAAAAAUAUUGAAAAUAAAAUCAUCACAGAGAACAAGACAAUUGAACAAACCAAUGUACAGAUCUCCACAGAAGUUACCAGCUCUAGUGAAAGUAACACAAACCUUGUUCCUAACCCUGACCCUAACCUAGAAACUGAAAUUACAAACAGUGUAAAUACUACGGUUUACUGUUCUACUACCCCUUCUCAAACUGACUGUAAAAAUAGUACGGCCGAAACCAAAACCCUAACCAGUUGUGAGACGGUGAACCUAGUUUGCAUGCGUGAAUCCAAGUCGAGUGACGUCACUGACGACAGAAGACGCACCGUCGUCGAAGUGUGCGAAAAGGUAGAUUGCUCCGAGGUGGCGUCGCCUCUUCCUACGCCCGUCAUAUCUGUUGAAGGCUUCAAGUUCAAUGCCAAAGAGAAACCGAUGAAAGAAGAUUUAAAACCAAUCAAAAAUGAAGACAGCAGUAUGAACGGCGACUGGAAUAUGUGCAGAAACGAAAAAGUGACUAGUUUGAAAUCUGAAGUACUACCACUCAUGAUGAAUGAUAAAAUAGAAAUUUACAAUGAUAUCGAGGAGUGCAAGCGAGUUACGAGCAAUAGUACAACAAACGUAGAACUAGUUCAGACUGUGUCUGUGUGUAAAAACGAAAUGAUGAUAGAGGAUUUGCAAGCUGAUAAGAAACAAACAAUUCCUACAGUUUCCACCGUCAACGAUAGAACCAAUUUCUUCAUUGCAAACAACAGUAAUAAGUUACCAGAAUUAAACAUGAAUGUUGUGAAUGGAGAAUUGGAGGGAGGCGGAGGAGCCGCCAUUGUGUUCCCCCUGAGCCCCUCGGCACUGGAACCCCCCAAGGAGAAGCCCCCUCCCCCGCCGGCCGAGCUGAGCGACGACGAUGACUCAUCCACCCAGCACAAGCCUUCUGCUCUGCGCAGGCUCGACUCCACCAAGCGCAUCAAGAAGGAGAUCCGGCUGAAACGGUCCUCCUUUCUCGGCCUCGAAGGUGGCAAUGAUGACAGUCUUGAACCAGACCUUGAUAUCCAGCCUCCACCCGACAUGACGACGUUCCUGCAGGAGGAGCGGCGCCUGGAGCAGAUGAUGUACCGGCAGUCGAUCUGCUCGGAGAGUGACUCCAAUCAGGGUGAGAGUCGCGACUCGGGUGUCGAGCUGGACAGGGGCCAUCAUGACGACAUCUCCUGGCCCGAACACAACCACAGUCGCAAUGACAGUGAGACGUUCGGCAACAACAGUUCAACUUCUGAGGAGGAGGAGAAUACGAAGAAGGAGAGGGAAGUGAAUGAGAGGAAUCAAGAAAACCAAAGCUACAUCAUUGCUGCUCAACAGGAACAAAAUAAUAUAGGUGAGAAAUUGGCUCUUAGACUGAGAGAGCUGGAAGCUGAGAAGACCCGCCUUGAGUGGGAGAGAGAGGAAGAGAUGACAAGACGGAAGGCUGAGGAAGCUGCCAGAUGUCAUCAGGAAUCGAUGAUUCAAGCCAGAGAGGAAGAAUUGAGAAAGCAAGAGAGUGUAGUGAAUAGCACUGACGAAGGGUCUAUUGGUGACUCCCAGCAGCAAUAUACUGGGGAGCUGCUAAUUUCGGAACGCGAACGCUUGGAGCGUGAACAAGAAGAGCUGAGCCGUCAGAGGGAGACCCUAGUGCUGCAGCAGCAGUGGGCCGCCUCGCUACAGGAUGUGUCGCAGCCGACUGCGGCACCGGUAGACGACGGUCACCCAUCCGAGGCGGUGCUCGACUACCGUCGCUCAAUGCCCAACCUACAGCAGCAGGAUGCUUCUCCCCCACCACCCCCGCAGCCACUCCUCCCCUCCACCCGGCACUCGCGGCCCCCUCCACCCAUCCCCCCCGCCAAACCUCUUGUCAUCCCCCGCACGCCGCUGCAAGAGAAGCCCGUCAAAAGGACUAACAGUCCCCAGCAGAUGACACGACAGACUCUGCAGGCGCUGAGUGCCGCCCCCCGCUCCCGUCUCAUCGCCACCGACACCUGGAUGAAGCGCAAACCGAAGCAGGACAACCAGAACAACAACAAUUACAACUAUCAACACUGGCUCAUACAGGAAGCCGAACACAGGCGAAUAACGGAGCUGCAACAACGGCAGGCGGCCGUUCCACCGAAGCGACCCGUGCCGCCUCAUCCGAGCGCCUACCCGGUCGCCUCCCCUCGCAACUCCACCUCUACCACCUCCUCAGUGUGGCAACAACCUCCUCCUCCUCCUCAGUCCUCCUCCGGCGGCCAGCACUGGGCCAGCACCGCGCAGCCUGCUCCUCAGCCUCCCCAGUGGGUAGCAUCCUCUCCUCCCCAGCGCAACGACAAACCCCUGCCCGACGAGAUCAUUCAGACCCUCACCCAGCGAGUGCAGAACCGUAUUAACAAUAACCACCUGUCUGCUGCUGCCUCUAUUAACAAUGGUCUUGCCGCUAAUAACAAUCGAAGGAGGCAUGAGAUGAAUAGUGCUCAACUGGUGGUGGACCCCCAGCAGAGGGUGAUGCAGCUGAAGACAGAGCCACAGCAGCUGCAGCAGGAGAAGAUGUUGAGUGUCAGUGGGAAGAAAAAGUGCUCCCACUGUGGAGAUGAACUUGGUAGAGGCGCGGCGAUGAUAAUCGAGACGCUGAGGCUGUUCUACCACAUAGACUGCUUCAAGUGCUGCGUGUGCUGCGUGCAGCUGGGAGAUGGCCUCAUGGGCACCGAUGUGCGCGUGCGCAACAACAAGCUACACUGUCACAACUGCUACUCCAGCGAUGAUGGAGUGAAAUUCAGUUGCGUUUGAGGAAUCACUCUUCAGAUUUACAUCACUUCAUAUUGAACGAUGGGCUUGGGCCAUAUAAUUAUCAUGCUUUACUUUAUCUUUAGAUUACAGUUUUUCUAACAUUUGUUAUUAAUUGAAUGUUAUAGUUGGUGUAUAUAAAUUACUUUUGAAGUAAUUUUACAUGCUUUUGUAAAGUAGUUUAUCUCGUUUAUUUACUAGAACUUAGUAUUGAACAAAAUUUAUGAACAAUAAUUUUAUGUAAAUAAGAAGUAUUGAUUUUUGCAUAGCAAUAUAAUAUAUACCUCAAUAUUAUAUGUGUAUUAAAUGUUGGAAAUAUUGACAAUAAUAUUAGAUGGAUGUAGUAGUUUUGAAAACAUUGAUAAAUGUUUCAUUGACAGCAUAUAUUACAAAGUGUUGUUACUUGGAUGAGGGUCUACGUUAAACGGUUAUUAAAAACUAGUAUGAAUAUUUCGUCAUUGCAAAUAGUUCUGAAAAUACUAGAUUUUUCUAGUAUUAUUAUAUUAUAGUGAGCUAUUAUCUCUGUAAUUAUUUCUCAAUGUAAUUUUGCUUGAAAAGCAACCUCUGAACGUUCUUGGUUUACAAGUAAUAUUGAAGUAGUUGUAAGUCUAUGGUUAUAACUUUCUGGUUAGCUGGUUAUAUCGUCAUUGAAAUGUACAAACCUCUUGAUGCCAUUCAUAUAACCUUUGUUGAGUUGGUAUUCGUUUGAAGAUAUUUCGUCGUUGAAACUAUUGUCUCAUUAGAUGUCUAUAAAACAUACAUAUAUGGUUUGAACUGUACAUAUUGUAAAUUGGAAUGUAAAUCUAUUUAUAUUGAGCUUGGUAGGCUUUACAGCACAUUUUAUGUAUGCUCAUAUUUAACUGAUAUAUUCGGUUUAUACAUUAUGUGCUUAUUACAUGAAUAUGUUUGACUAGGUUUGUUUAAUACCAAGUAACAAAUUAGAGGAAUAUUUUAAGACUAUUAUAAUCUUGUAAAAUACUCAUAGUAUAUGAUUAUACCCUUUCAGUGUAGUGUACAAACAUCCCGUUCUUAUAAUCAUUCAAUUCCAAAGCUCAUCCACUAAUAUUCAUAUAAAUUUUCAUCCAAUCGAAUAAAUAAUGUAUUGAGUAACAUUAUUCUCGAUAUAUAAGUUCAAUUAUUCUAACUCUACUUACACAUCACCAAUUUGGAAGUAAAUUGAAAACGUAUAUUAUAUUUAUUAUUGUUAUAAAAUGUGUUUUCUUUAGAAAUUAUGAAAAAUGCAUGAUUACGGUCGUUAUUAUUAGAUUAGAAAAUGUAUUAGCACAUACUGUAACAAUGCUCAUAAAAAAUGAGAUGAAUGUGUACUCAAUAUAUAUUACAGUAGGUACUCGUGUAUUAUAGUCAUUUAAUAUUUUUUGUUGUUGAAAUGUACUUUUGUAUGAAUAUCUCAAGUGUAAAAAUAUACGCAUUAUUUACAAAAUGUAUGACUUGAAUUUUUAUUAGUUUAUUAUUAUCAUCAUCUCAGGCAGGUAACAUUUAUACACUUCUUAGUUAAUUUGAUAGUUGAGAAGAUUCAUUAAUAUACUCUUCAUCAUUCAUUUUAAUUGUAACUCUCAAUUAUUGUUGCUCUUUCUCAAAUUAUUGUGACUGAAAAAAUAAAUUAAUAGCAGGUUCAUAUAUGAUAAUAGGAUAAAAUACAAAACAUUUUAGAAUUUCGAAUAAAUUUAUUUUAAUAGCUUGAAUAAUACGUAUUUUGUAUGAUAAAAUUUAAAAAUACAGAGUAAAUAAAUAAUGUAAAUUAUUCAGUCCAAUUUUACGGACAUUAUUCUUAAGAUUAAUAUUGAAUAGACUAUAAUAAUACGUAUAUUAAAAUCAAAUGAUUCAGAUAAAAUAAUCAGUCCAGUAUUGCAGAUUUCAAUGACUAGAUACAGUAAUAUUGAUUAUUUUUCGAAUUGGCAUGAAACUUAUAAAAUCUAAUCAGACUAUAGUUUUGUAAAUGUUUUUGUGCUGAUCUAUUUGAAAUUUUUCUUUAAGCAUACUAUUAAAAUGUUGUGCUAUUUCUCUGAACUCAUGAUUCAUGAGGAAACAUCAUUAUAUCUUGAAUAAAGGGAUUUAAAUUGAAGCAAGAGUGUAGAUCACUCUGCAAAAGCGUUUUAAAUAUUGGAUCAUCGUUAUUUAACCUUAUGUGAAUUUAGUGUUGAUUAUUACAGACGAAUAAUUGAUAAAUUCUAAUAGUAACUACAAAAGUUCUAUAAGUUAUUUUGAAACGCAGUACUUUGAAUAAUGAAUUUCAAAAAUAUGCGUAAAUCAAGGGUUUUAUAUGUCAAUUCAGUAAUUAUUUGUUCAAAUUAUUGUGCUUGAAAAUGGAUUCGUAUGGCACUUUCAAUCCUAUAAACUAUAUAACAAAUAUAAUUAUCAACAAAAUAAUUAAUUUCAAAGCAACAACUUAUACAAGAUAGAUAGGUCUAAUUAUAACUUGUUCGAAUAUAUGAUCGAUUAGUUUAAAAUUCUUCUAAGCAAGAUACUAGGCAAUAGUACUCCAAUAUGACUUAAAUACUUCAAAUAAUUGUGACUUAUAAUCUUAGUUUACAAUCGUAUAGUCUUGCAAAUAAUUUAGCAUUGAAUAUGUUUAAAGGGAGAGGAGCUUAGCUAAUAAAAA